CUUCCAAGUACAGCAAAACAUACUUUCCCUCUAAAUUUCUAGCGUCUAUUUUAGUCCUGCUCGCUGGUUCUAUUACAAUAAAUCAUUCUCCAAUCGAAUAAAAUUAUUAUAAGUUGGCAACGUUCACCACCUGUCAUUUGCAGAGGACAACACCAUUUUUUUUUAUUUCCGUCCUUUGCCGUUAUUUUGUAGUGGUUCUGGUUCUUCUUCGUCUUCUUGAUAUACAAACGCGUUCAUGCUGUAGUGUGAUAUUUUGCGCGAGUCUUGGUGAACUUUUUAAGUUUGAAAUAUUCAGUGGAAUUUCGCUAACAACUUCACAUGAAGUAUCACGAUAGAACCUUCGUCAACGGCAAAACAACCCACGGUACACCAAAACGUUCGCGAAUUUCGAAUAGCCCGCUCGUAAACCGUGUUAUGGCCGGUAAGUUGUGUUGCAACAUCGCCGUUUCUCGCCAACUGUGACCCCGAUGCGGGGAUAUGUGAAUAAUUCUUGUGCUAUACAAUUGUUUUAUAAUAAAUAAUGGAAGGAAAUGGGGAAGUACAAUGGAGUUUUUCUCAAGUGAAAGGUACAUUAGAUGACGAUGUUACGGAAGCUGACAUAAUAUCAUGUGUAGAAUUUAAUCAUGAUGGGGAACUUCUUGCAACUGGCGACAAAGGCGGUCGUGUAGUGAUAUUCCAACGUGAUCCAGUAUCAAAAACGGUGUUUCCAAAGCGCGGCGAAUAUAAUGUCUACUCAACUUUUCAAUCACAUGAGCCUGAGUUUGACUACCUCAAGAGUUUAGAGAUUGAAGAAAAAAUCAACAAGAUACGAUGGCUCAAACGCAAAAAUCCUGCUAAUUUCCUGUUAUCCACAAAUGACAAAACCAUCAAAUUAUGGAAAAUAUCGGAACGGGACAAAAAGAUUGAAGGAUACAACACAAAAUCAGAAAAUGGUAGUCUGGUGGACCCAGCGAGUGUGAGCAGUUUACGAGUACCUACAAUUAAACCAAUGGAACUGAUGGUAGAAGCUUCACCGCGAAGGAUCUACGCUAACGCUCACACCUAUCAUAUUAACUCAAUAUCAGUGAAUUCUGACCAGGAAACCUACCUUUCCGCGGACGAUCUCCGGAUCAACUUGUGGCAUUUAGAAAUUACCGACCAGAGUUUCAACAUUGUCGACAUCAAACCAACAAACAUGGAGGAGCUCACAGAGGUUAUCACUGCAGCUGAGUUCCAUCCGAUAGAGUGUAACCUCUUUGUUUAUAGUAGCAGUAAAGGAACAAUAAGGUUAUGUGAUAUGAGGGCGGCUGCGCUAUGCGAUCGGCACGCCAAACUGUUCGAGGAGCCAGAAGAUCCGACGAACAGGAGUUUCUUCUCUGAAAUCAUUUCCAGUAUUUCCGACGUUAAGUUGUCCAAUAAUGGCCGGUAUAUGGUAUCUAGGGAUUAUCUAUCUGUGAAAGUGUGGGAUCUGCAUAUGGAAUCGAAACCCAUAGAAAGUUAUCCUGUGCACGAAUACCUGCGAGCAAAGCUGUGUUCACUGUACGAAAAUGACUGCAUAUUCGACAAAUUCGAAUGUUCCUGGAACGGGAACGAUUCUGCCAUAAUGACCGGUUCCUACAACAACUUCUUCAGGAUGUUCGACAGGACGACGAAGCGUGAAGUCACGUUGGAAGCAUCGCGGGACGUAGCGAAACCGCGCGCCAUCUUGAAGCCGAGAAAAGUGUGUUCGCAGGGCAAAAGGAAAAAGGACGAAAUCAGUGUGGACUGCUUAGAUUUUAAUAAAAAGAUCUUACAUACGGCGUGGCAUCCGACGGAGAAUAUCAUCGCCGUGGCUGCGACGAAUAACUUAUUCCUAUUUCAGGAUAAAUACUAGUGUGUAAUAGUGACGUAUCCAUUCGGUACAUGUCGACAUGGGCGGGAAGGUGUGAUUGUACAGAAUGGAAUUUACAGUUUCGUUUCAUAUAGCUUGCGUGUAACAAUCGCAAGAUCACAGAGAGUUAAGAAAAUGAAAUGAAAUUGAAUCGUAGCAGGAUUAUACCAAGGCUUUUUUAUAAAUUGAAGGAGGUCUAGAGAACUUUUAGUUUCAGAUUUUUCAAUUGUGGGGAAAAGAAAAAUAUCAUAGAGACCUUAUAAAAAAGGCUUACAGCUUUUAAAGUAUGUUGUGGAUCUCAACUUGUAGAAGAAAAUUGUUCAUCGAACCAAAGUUUUUCCACAAGUAGUUUCUGAGAUACAUGACCUUUAAGUUGGGCAGUCCAUAUCAUAUUACAGCGUAUGGUGGGAUCAGUAUAAGGUAUGGAAAUUUGUCAAAAGUAUAUAUUAAAAAUAAUAAUGGUCCAGUAAAGAGCCUUGUGGCACACCUGAUGGUAUAAACUGUAUAGGUGAAAUAUUGCUCAGAGAUACCUACUAUUUCAAAAACUGUUCAGGAUUAUCCUCCACCAUUCCAUUCAGUAGUAUACAGGGUGUAGACGGAUGACCUGUUGCUUUUUCGAUAUACAUCUAUCUCUUUUUACAUAAUUGGAUAGACUUAACAUAGUUCUGAAUUAUUUCAAGUAGGGUAAGGUCGCAUAUGUUUUACCACUUUUUAGAUGAUUACCUAUUAAAGGUACUAUUAGGUUUAGAACCUUGAAAUGUUUUAUUUUUAAUAAUCUACUUAUUUUUCUAACCAAAAAUAUUUUUCCACAGCUGUGUGGUUCUUAACACUUUGACUACUACGCAUUCUGGUGAUACAUGACUCAACAGAAAAUGGUACACUUUUUUCUCAAAAAAAUAUAUUUUGAUAUAUUUAACUAUACAAACAGAAUGAAAACAACAAGUUUUUCCACAAAAAAAUAUUUUUUUGACUGUGUCCAGGUACAGUACACACAGUCUAUAUAAAAAAAAAUACAGCUUGAUCACCUUAAAGUAUGUAUAUCAUGCAUGACCACAUUUCUCAUUUACGUAAACUGCAGUUGUGAGUGUCGAAAAAGCAUUUCAUACAUAAAAAUUUGUGUUCACACCCCUGACAAUGCAUUUUAAUCCUAGGAGUGUUUGCCAUUGCAUAGGCUCGACCAUUUCUUUCACUAUUAGCUUUGUAACAUCUGGUACAUCUACCCCUUGAUGUUAUCUCGAUGAUUUUGUGAUUCCUAGAGAUCCCUUCAGAUGGAAUAUCUAUAAUAUUAUGCCUCUCAUUGAAAAGUUUGUUUACAAGCUCCUCCCUGAACUUGGUUAUAUUUAUAGUUUUUUUAGUAAAAAAUUGAUAUGCUAUGUGAACAUUCACAACUGCAGUAUUUGUGAGUAUUUCUAUGGCCACCUUUCUAUACCAUUUUAUUCCGCGUCGAACAGUAGUCGAGUAGGAAGCCUUUUGGUCAGACACAUCUAUAAAAGACUUGAUACUAUUAUGCUUUGCAAUAGUAGAUGGUUUUUUUACAACACCUCGUUUUGUUUGUACGUCAGUCAUUUCAGGCACUGCUUCGGUCGUCAAAAAUAAGACCUCUCUUUUGUCUCUCCAUUUUCCCACUAUCACAUGGGUAUUACUCUCACGUACAAUCAAGUCCCCUUUUUCCAGUUUUGCAUCUGUAAUUGGCUUUGGAUUAAAUUUCCUAUUUUUUCUCAGAGUCCCAAUAAGGUGUGUCUUUCUAUCCAAAAGUUCGUGUGCGAGGCUAACGCUAGUAUAAAAGUUGUCUGUGCAUAGUAGACGUCCGCAAUCUAAGAGAGGCUCCAUAAGUUCGAGAACUACGCGACUAGCAACUGACUGUGAAGUCGGGUUGUCCUCCUUGCCUGAAUAUACUUUUAAGUUGUAUGUAUAACCUUUCUCCGCACACAGUUUGAAAAUUUUUACUCCGUAUUUAUGUCGUUUACCCGGUAUGUAUUGACGAAAGCUAAUCCGGCCUCUGAAUGGAAUCAUUGUUUCGUCAAUACAUACGUUUUUUUUGGGAAUACAUGCAGCUUGAAAAUUAGUAAUGAGACCGUCUGCUAAUGGUUGAAUUUUGUAUAUGCGAUUCGUACGGUCUCAUUAUCUGAAAAAUGCAAAUUUGAUAGAAGCAAUUCAAACCGCAUUCUUGACAUUCCAAUGUAUUUUCCCAAAUCAUUUUUGUAUAGUAUAUUGCGCGAAAAGUAAUCUUUCAGUGUCGGCUUUUUGUCUAGUCCCAUCCAAAUUAGCAUUCCUAUGAAUGCUACUAUUUCAGACUCAUUAGUAUCUUUCCAGUGAGUUAAUAGUGAAUUUUUUUGGAUAGUUUCAUGAUAUAAUUUUUUGCGUCGCAUAGCGGUUUGUUUCUUGAACUAUCAUAGGAAUGAUAUCGGCCAAGAAAAGCUUAUAAAAGUCUAAAGGCUCAUCUCCGCUUCUUUUCGCAACAAACUCUGCAGAGAAUCCUGGGUUGGCAUUGAACGGAUGAUCCUUCAAAUUUCCUGAAGAGAAAAAUACUUUGUAGCGUCACAAUAAAUCCUAAUUUACUUUAUUUUACCUGAACAAUCAUUCCAGAUAACUCGAACUUCAUGUGAUCCACUUACAUCUCUGUUGGGGCUGCACUCAUCUGAGCUACUCUCGCUGCUUUCAGACAAAUUCACUUCACUGUCAACAGGAGUGUCUAUAGCCCCGACAUUUGCAUUUGCUUCCACACAAAUUUCUAGCUUCUUUCUUUUUCUUGCAGUGCCAGCAUCGAAUUCACUAUCGGUACUUUCUGAUGAACUGAAAUUCUCGAAGUCUGGAUCACCCACUGAGUCAUCGACGUCCGAUUCGUAUUCACAAUCGCUCAUAUUAUUAAUUAUUCCCUCCAACUCCUUAUCGGUUAAAGCCCUAUCACCCAUUUUGCAUUCAAGAACGCAACCGAGCACGAUGAGCAGAAGAAGCAACUACGACAUACGACCAAAACGUGUAAACAAUACGUACACGUUACGACUAAAUUACUAUACAGCUUGGUGCUUCCAUCUAUGAAUUAAGGGUAAAACUAUUUGGAAAAAUCUUUCGUCAAAGGCUUUCCAAAUCCUCUUUAUAUGGUGUCGAGGUUAACACUCGAGAUUUUUGCGGUCCUUUUGUCUUCGUUUUAUUUUCGCCACCUUUUGUAGAGGGCAGAGGAAGUACUUCUUCGAUAGAAACACAAGAGAGGCAUUUUAUCUUCUUUCUGACUUCUUAUAGGGGAAGGUCGCUAUCACUUUCGGAUGUGUCAGAAUUCUGCAUCAUUUCUACAUAAUUGUUUGCUCUUUCAGUCUCAUUUGAAUUUAUUUUAACUUCUAGCACAUGAUGGUGCAUAAUCCAGAUCACUGAAGAUAUUUCUGUCAACAGGCCAUAUCCCAUCCCACAUUUUCUAAAACCAUUUAUGGCAUUGCCAAUUUAUUGCUGCAGCUCUUCCAUAGGCUCCACCAAGAAUUUGUGAUACCUGAAACUGCGUAACAGCUAACUCAGGCUGUUCUCUCAUCCACUUUUCGACACCUUGGUUGAAAUACAGCUCUAAAGGCGUAAACACGGAAACUUCGAGGGGCUGCAGUCGAUGUGUAGUAUGUCCAGGUAACUGUAACAUCAUAACGCCGUCAUUUCUAGCUAACCUCACAGCAUUGAGGUGUUUGGAGUGAGUUGUAUGCCCAUCUAGAACCAACAGCACUUUCUUUCCGAGAGUAGGUUUUUCAACGUCAAUAAAUGCCCUAAGCCAAGUUCAGACGUUUUUCUUUUAAAUAUGAGCAUUGGAGCAACAUAUUGCCCAGAUGGACUAGUGGAGACAACCAUGGUUAUAUUUACUCCCCUUUCACUGCUGGCUAUGACCUCAACCUGGUGUUUACCUUUUCUAGCAAGAAUCUUUUGACAUUUUUUUUUUCACUGAUGAAAAGCCACUUUCAUCGACAAACUGAAUAUUUUUGUAGCAUCUAGGUUAUUCUCGUCAACCAGUUUUUCUAGGAUAUUAAAAACAAAUCCCAUACUUCGAGCUAAAGACGUAGCCUCUGGUUGUCUUAAUGAAAUAUUUGGGUAUCUUUUCAUAAAACCGUAAAACCACUUUUUGCCCGCCAUCCUUCCUUUUUUCUCCAUUGAAAUUAUUUUUAAUGGAAGAAGCAUUCUUCUUCGAGUAUUAAAAUCUGUUCCUUGAGUUGCUUUUCAAUCUCAGCACUAAAUAUGGUACAGCAACCUGAUGGCUUAACUCCCUGAUUAGCUUUAACACUUGAGGAUUUUAAAUGUUGGUUUAGGAACAUUAUACAUUUGACAGAUCUCAUUUAAGCCGUAUUUCCCUGACCUAUAUUUUCUAAUAGCUUCCUUCAUAUUCGCUUCUGACCUCUGGCCAUAUCUAACACCUUUUCGGCUCAUCCUGUAAAGAAAAAAAAAUACAUAGUAAACUAGUUUACUAUAUUCGGCUGGUACUAAUUAAAUAGCUCACGGGUGAUACAAAUUAGGCCACCAGUAUCGUUUAUUAAAAUUAACGAAAUUAUUGCCAAAAGUGAGGUUAACCAGGAAAGACACUAUUGAAAAACAUUGCUAAAAGACAUGCAGUUUGAUAAAAAAAAAUAGUUAUAGCCUAACUAAAACCUUAUAUUUUAGCCUAAAGCUCAAAGAAACACAUGCACAUCCCACGUUUGUGGAUAAAUAAUCAGCUUUGAUUUUCUGCGAUGGCGGCUUAACCACACACGUGAUUUUUUUCACACUAUUUAUCUGUAGUACUUUGUAUUCUAGAGCUUAGGUGGGGCCAUACAUAAGAGGUUUCAAAGAUAUUAAAAUGGUACAAUUUAGGAGGCGGUACAAUAUAGGCGACUUUCCCCUAUCUGUCAUGAUAAUAAUUAUUAUUUAUUUUGUCUAAAAAGCAAAAUUAUGUCAACCAAGUUGAUACCUCAUGCACCCAGUCCUUAAAUUUUUCGAAUAAAAACAUCGUAAUAAGACAGCCGUGAAUCUGUACAUUUUCAAACCACAAUAUUUUUAAAUUGUUUUUAGAUACUUAGACAAGAGUUGUUGAUAUCUUAAAAAAACUCGACAAAUCGCAUAAGUAUUUAGGUCUUUCCAAAUUUGUAAUAAAAAUGAACCUUUGAUAUGCAGCUCAGUAAUAGGGCACGUAAACAUUGUUGAAAUAUCUUUUCCCACAGGGGUGGUAUGGAUAAUCCUGAACAGUUUUUGAAAAAGUUUGAUUCUCAGAACAAUAUUUCAUCUAUGAAAAUGUGGGCUAGUUGAGGCGAUGUUAAAAAUGUAAAUAGAUAUCAAACAACUAUACAGUAGAACCCCGAUUAUCCGAAAUAAUGUGGACCCAAGUGCUUUCGGAUAAUCGAAAUUUCGGAUUAAAUGGAAAUAAAUAUUCAGACUCAUAAUGUUUUUAUUGAAAAAAGUAAUUGCGUGUGUUAAGUGAGUGUAUACCUAUAUAAAGUUACGUAAAAUAUAAACAUGUGGAUACAAACAUACAUAUUUACGAGUAUUUAGUAACAAAGGAAGUAAUUUUUAACGGUACACGUUUUGCAUUAUUCCUAUUUAUGGCAGCAAUAUCCCACCAACGUUUGACAAGUAGCACAUCAGCUGCUCUCGGAUUUUCUUGUUGUUCGACGUAAAUCAACGCCUUUUGUAGAGCUUCUAAUCCCUCAGAAUGUAAUAUUUUGGCAGAGAUUUCUGUCUCAUUGUCACUAGCAUCACUUAAAACUGUCUCGCCAUUGUUACAAAUAGUUUUUAUUAGUUCUGUAUCAGUUAAUUCUUCCACCAUUUCAUCACCAUUAAUCCACUAACCAACAUCUGCUUGGGGUAAGAUUUUCUCACCCUGCUAUUCUUACGACGAAUUUUCGUUGUUAUUCACAUAGUCUGCGCAAGGUUCCAUUUCUUGCUUAAUUAUUGUCGGCCAAGAUUUUUCGAAAGGAGAAUUUUUUACUUGGCCCAUGCUUCUGCUACAUUCUUGGGGUUAUUCUAGUUUAAGCAAUCAACGAGGUUAAAAACAUCAUCAACUUGAUCUAAAAUUUACUCUAAUAACAAACUCUGUAAUUACGUUUUAAAUUUUCUAAAACUCCUUGAUCCAUUGGCUGAAUCAGUUACGUUACAUUAGGAGGCAAAAACGUCACUCGUAUUAUAUCGUUCUGUCUUGGGAACAAAAUGAUUGUAAAACCAGUCCCUAAAUAGAGCGGCAUCCAUCCAGGCAUUUAUUCGAUUUUUAUACCACACUGGAAGAGCGUUUGGACGGACGUGUUCAAAUGCUCUUGGUUUAGCUGAUUUUCCGUACCGGACGGAUUGCUACAAGCAAGGAUAGUCACACGUUCUUUACUGCGUUUGUAACCAGGAGCUCCAGAUUCUUGUUUUGAAGCUAAACUUUUCGCCGGUAACAUUUUAUAGUUUAGGCCCGUUCCGUCGCAGUUAUGAAUUUGUUCUGGAUUUAAACCAUACUGCUUCAUUAAUUUUUUAAAAUGUUCUCCAAAUUUUAAUGCAGCGGACUUAACGGCAGAUAACUUUUCAACGCAAACUUUUAAUUCUCGUAUACCGUGUCGUUUUUUCCAUCUAUGCAGCUAAUCAUCACUAGCUGUAAAGUUAUCAGGCGCCUCAAUAACUAGCAAUUCUUCACUUAAGUUCACUGCCUUUUGCCUUAGAAUUGGUCCGGAAAUUGUUAUUCCACGUUCUCGAUUCUGUGCAAACAUAGAUAUAAAGCAUCAUCCACUUUUUGAUAUUACCCCUUUUUCAUAGUUUUCCCUGACGGCUGCGAUGAUGUCAGUACACUAGACCACUUUUCAGUUUUCUUGCGUUGUUUUCCCCAUUCUGAAAUGGUACUCACGCCCACACCCAAAUCACUUGCCACUUUUUUUAAGCAAAUCACCUCUAUCUAAACGUCUGUUGCCUCAAGUUUCUAUUUUAUGGUAAUAACAACGCGUUUACGUUUAUUGCUAUGCUGCUCCAUCUUACCUAUUAUAAACCUGACUGAAACAAAACAUACACGCACACAUACCUGUGAAUUCCGCAAACGCCUUCGGGGAAUCACCGAGAGCGAAUCCAAUGGCAAGCGCCGAAAGGGGAACUACCGGCGGCUAUUUCGGAUUAUGCGCCGAUUUCCCGAACAACUUCGGUUAAAACGGAGAAAUUAUUGUAUGCGAUCUGUUUCGGAUAAAGUGGAUUUCGAAUAAUCGCGAUUUGGAUAAUCGGGGUUCUACUGUAUUUGUAUAUUGGGUCCCGAACAUAAAAUACCGAGUAGAGAUUGCUCAAGUUAGAAACUACUUGUGGAAAAAAUUUAGCCCCAUGUGCAAUCUUGUUCUGCCAUGUUGAGAUAUGCAUCAUACUAAGUUUUAAGAAUUUAGCCUAAAGCCAUUCCCCAUAAAGUUUGUGCAGGAUUUUUAUUCAGUUUUUCUCAAACAUGCAAACAAUAAUUUUGAGGUAAUAGACGGGAAUGAGUAAAGGAGAAGAGCUCAUACGUGAACAUGUAAUGGUUAUAGUUGAAUCAAUACUUCUUAUAAAUAACCUAAAAAGUACAAGCUCCUUCUGAUACACCAGUUUGUUGAAAUGUUCUAGUUUUCUCCUAACACUUCAGAGGUGUGAUGGUAUCACAUAUUAUGUACGAAAAAAGAUAUAUAAUCUAAACUUUGAUUUUUAUUUACAUAACUUUUCCGCUAGAACCAAUAUACCAAGAUGGCAUCUGACACGGCAUCCAACAGUGUAUAUAUUCAAAAAUAUGGUUCAAGUUACCAUAAUAGUCCAUUACCAUGUGAGGUCUCAACGCCUUAGAAUUCCGUUUGUUUUACUAUGAAGAAAAAAUGAAUAAUUUGAAGUUUUGGUCACGUGGUCUAUAUUUAUAUUUGUGGAAUAUUUCAAAAUCAAAACAGAUUCAAAGUGUUCCAGAUAAAGAUGCUGGUAAUCGAAUGGAACAUUUUGUGGCAAUGCAAACCUUAACCUGGAAUUCAACGGGAUCACUUCAAUUCUUUUUUAAUUGGGUAUGUAAAUGAAAACAUAACUUGAUACCCAAAUGGUACUUUGAUGUUUAACUGAGCUUUGAUAUUCCCCAAGACAUUUUAUAAAAAAAGUGCAAUUCAUAUUUGAAAUAUGGUUUAUAUAAUCUUCUUGUAACGUCACAUUUUCCUGUCCAAAGUAUCUUUGGCUGGCCUAAAAUUUGAGGUUUAAGAGUUAAGACGGGGAAGGGAGGGAAAUUCGAUUACAAACAAGUGUUUUUCAGCAUAUUUACAGUGCAACUGAGGAAUAAAAAAUGUAGUUAAUGAAUGUGUUUGAAAUUUAUAUUGAUCCUAUUAUUCAAGUAUGCAGUGCCAUAUAUGUAGUAGGAUAUUUUGAAAAAAUAUCUUUCAUCAAAAAGGGCAUUAAGAAAAACUCUAAAAAUCACACUUUCAAGUACAUAAAAAAUCAAUAAUUAAUAUGAAAACUUGAAUUUUUCAAAUUACCUCAUUUGCAGAUGCAAGUUGUGUAUGUUGGACUACUCAAUUCCAUAAUUUGAUUGUGAAUCGUUCACCUAUUUAUUGCAAACACACAUAAAUUUCGAUAAACCAUAACAAAUCUGAUACUUUUUGCCUAUCCGAUGAGACAAGAAGUUCCUGACACCAGAUUGUGAAACGUUUAAACAUUGAUCCUAAAACAGUAAAAAAGACAACUUUUGACUGUCGAAAAUAGCAUUUAAUAUAUACACUUGGGCAUUAAUUUUAUAGAUUUAUUUUGAUAACAUUAUAGUAGAUAAGCACUAAAACAUUGUUUGAAAUCAAUUAAUUGAAUAUGUAUUCUGCAAAUCCUACAAAACUUGAGGCAAUAACAAUAGUACAGUGACGAAAGUAUAUGUACAGUUUAAUUGUGAACUCUGAUAAGAUAAUUCACAUUUUCCAAGUAAUUUAGAUAUUUUUCUACAAUAGUAAUGGGCCAUGAACCUGUACAACAUCUUCCCGCCUUUAUAAGAACAAAGAAUGUUAUCGCCUUUUCCAUUAUCAUUGGUAAUCAUAAUAUUAAUAAAAUUCAAACCAGAAUUGCAAAUACUUUGUACAUCCAUUACAGAAUUCUUUAUUUUUAAAGUUACAUUUUUUUGUUAUUCUAUUACGAUACCUUAUACCUGAAUUUAUUGUUCAAUAAAAAGAAAGACAAUAUUUUUUGAGGAUUAUUUUUUGUAUUAUAAACAGAGUCCGAACUUGCAAACUGUGUUGUGUGUUCUUACACUAUUGAAAUCUGACUGACACAGAUCAACAUCUGCUGUUUGAAAGUUAUCUUACACUAUAUUCAGAGCAGCCAGAUUGAACAUAACAAAAUUGGUGCAAAAAGGAAAAUUUGUUUCAGAAAAAUAUGCAUUAAUUUCCCAAUCUUCAGUCAACAUUUGUAUAGAACAAUUGAAAAUAAAAUUAAAUGUAAGCAAAAUAAAAUACAAUACUGUUUCCUGAUUUUGAUGUCCAUAACCAUACAGCCAUAUUUUUAUUCUUUAAACGGUGUUUUAAAGGCUACAGGGUGAUUAAAAUAAAAGUAGAAUUAUUUCUGGAGUAGAAGGUAUGACUAAAAGUAAGUUAAAAAGCUUAACUAUAUGACCUAUUUUUUACACCGAAGCAGCUGCACAGACAGAAGCCUAAAUGCUAGGGCAUCGCGGCUGCUAUAAGAAGAUUAAAGAAACUUAGAAAUCUGAUUUUUGAACUGUCCAAUGUUAGUAGAACUGGAAAAAGGCUCAUGCAGAUUGCCACACAAAUACCCUAGGGACAAAGGAGCGGUUGUAACGGCCAGUUCUGGAUGUAUGAAGUCUGACAUGGACAGAAUGCGAGACUGAAGUCAGGCGGGUCUGUCUGGGAGGCACAUUUUGCGGCGGCAUCAUGGAGGCGAGCUCUGUGGAGCAAAUCCCGUUGGCGUAGCGGUAGAAAAGAGCUCGAUUGCUCAGUGUUGUAAAUUUCUACGCCACUGAUGAGUUCGAGUAAGCACAAACCGUGCAUUUCUUCAAAUAAUGCUAUCGGUGAGAUGGGAUUAUUCCCCUAACAUACUGCAAACAAAUUUGUGUCAAACAUCACUAACUCCAGCAUAUUCUCAAAAUAGAACGGAUUUAAAUUUUUAUGCUGAUUUCACCUUAAAUUUUCAAACCAUUUCACGUAAAUCGUAACGUUUCUGAAAAAAGUAUGUGGCUUAGAAAAUAUUUUUUGCUUCUGUAGGUAUCAAAAAUCAAAGUUCUACGACGCUGGACAUAUUUGUUGCGAUUUUGAUUCCGAAAUUAUAACUUCAACAUCCUGUUUCUCGAUAAGAUUGCAUUUUAGGAUCCGUUUAUUUGAAAUUUUCGUUUAUUUAUGAACCUACUUUCUACCCCAGAAAUGUCACGGUUUCUUCACCCUGUUUAUGACAUAUGUGUAUUAUACUCGUUACUAGUACUUUUCAAAAUUAGCCUCAUAUGCAGGUAAACGUAAUCGAUGAUAGAUUCAGAAGCAAAAUUAUUUAUUUGUAAUAUUUAUUGCAGAAGCCAAAUGUUGAAAUGGUUCAGACAUAGAAGACGAGAUUCCCAUUAGUCCAUGCCUGUCCAACAUAAUUUUAUAGAGGGCCAUGUUUAGUAUUUUCGUAACCAUAGCGGGCCAAAAGAAAAGUAAAAUGACACAUUCUAAUAUAGUUCUCAAAUUCAAAAAAGACUCAUUUUUUUACUUAUAUUUAGGUAGGUACUCUUAAAAUCUAACUAAUGAGAUGUCUGACAUUUGUUCUGUUUGCACAGUGUAUUUAUGUUAGCUGGUAUUUUAGAACUUGCUAGGCGCAAAAUACCUGUAAGAUGGCUGUCUAAUCAAGAUGAUCUCGUUUUUGAUUUGUUAUAUUUCUUGCGGGAAAACAACUGCUCGAAAAUAUAUGUACUACCGAUUAAAGAAAUGUUUUGAAGAGCUAAUUUAGUAUUGGUUGGGUGAAAUAUAUUUUUUGCAAAAUCAAAUUAAUUCGUUUGGAAGACAACCAUUGUAUGCCAUUUUUAGAUGAGAACAACUUAGCAAUUCAAUUAAUCCUAACUGUAGAUUCGGUUCUGCGUUUUCAAUUUCAACAUCAAGUGGAUUUUGUAACACUUUCACGCUGUAAACUUGCGAUUUGAAGUCUACGAAUCUCUCAUUAAACUCAUUCCUCACAACCUUUGCAACAACAACGCGUAUUUUGUAAAGUGCAAUGACUCUUGAUUUCUUGCAGAUACGGUCUCCCAAUUAACCAACUGCUUUCGUUCCAGCUGCUUUUCCAACAAUAAGAGCUUCUUCGUGAAAACUUGAACAUGUUCAUAUAACUGCGUGCAUAGUUAAUCUUUCCCUUGCAGUUUGAAGUUUUUGUGCGCGCGCAGUUCCUAUUAAGGCGGGUAUCCAUUUGUAUCAUAUUCGGCUCGUUGUAAGAUGAUACGGUUGGGUCCGGAAGUAUAUUUGAAUUUUGGAUUAGAGUUUUAACCGGCUCGCAGACCUGAUAAAGGGCCUAUGCAGGCCGGCUGGUGGCCCGGGGGCCGUAUAUUCGACAGGCCUGCAUUAGCCAACAUACACUUGGUAGAUAGUAAGGAAGUUCAAAACAAAUCCAAUAGAACAGAUUUACAAACAGUAAGAUAAAAUACUAUGUAAAUUGUCAGUUAUAAAUAAAGUAUGGUACCACCAUUACCACUCAGCUCAAUCAUCGUAGUUAUUCCCAACAAGGUAUUUUACCAGAGACUCUUCAAUACAGCAUACCAAACAAAUUAAUAUAAUGUUGCCUAGCUAUAGACUGAACUGAUCUGGUCCACUGUGGAUGAUCAUUCAAGCCUUUCAAAAAUCCAUUGUUGAAAAGAACUGAUUGUGAAGUAGUGUAAAAUGGCAACACUGUCGCGGUGUUGUCCAUACAUUUAACUGGUGUUUCCUCCCUAUGAUGAAUGAAUAAUUUUAAUACUACAUAUUGUGUAUGCCAAAGUUCGAAAUGAAGUUUGGAUUAAUUUUUUAUCAAUAGCAAUGAUAGUUUUUGUACGUUAAACAUAUGUUUUGCCUGUAUAUGUUGUCUAUAUCUACAAAUAUUUCACGUAUUUAUGUCUAGUUCAUAUUUCAGGCUGUAAAAUGGUUGCACUUUAUAGAAAUCGUCACGAUAUGUGCUUUGUAAACGUCAAAAGCCGAUUUUUUAAGGAACUUGUUUGGUUAGUAUGUAAAAGUAAUGUACAAAGGUAUGAUUAAGCUUCACAUCAGUGUUUGAUGUGGUUGUUUUGCUGGGUCUAUAAAGAUGUUGAUAUCCUACUCAAGUGGAAAUGAUUAUAAUUUAAAUAAGAUAAUGGUUAGCUCAACAGAUACACUUGAAUGGAAGCAAGCUAGGAAACCCAUGUCCUUUCUUUGGAAUCUUAUACCAAAAAAACAUCAGCUUAAAUUAGUAUAUAAACUUCUGGCAAGUUCUUGCGUAACCAAUGUUCAACCGAAUUUUCUUGUAAUGUGAAUGAUGUUUUAUUAGAUUUUGGCACAUUGGGACACAAGUAGCAGUUUUUUGAGUAACAAGUGUUACUGGCUACUGGAAUAUCUCGUGAAUGACCGUUCUUGCAGAGUAUCAAAGAUGACAUUUUUUGUAUUACCUAGAUCUAUUACUAUUACAGAAAGUAAAAGCCUCGCCUUUGUAUGGAAUAGGCUUUUUCAUUUGAUAUCUUACAACCCUUUAUCGUAUUAGCCCAUGUUAUAGAAAAUGACAGUUUUGAUCAAUUUAUGGUUGCACUUCAUAGAAAUCGUCACGAUAUGUGCUUUGUAAACGUCAGAAGCCGAUUUUUUAAGGAACUUGUACAAAUUGUAAAUAAUAAAUAAUUUUUUACCAGUUAAUCCUACUAUAGAUUUAUUUGUAAUUUUAAUGGUACAUACAAUUAUUUAGGUAAAAGAUCAUUUAAGAAAUAAGAGCGAUUAAAGACCCUAAACAUACCACGCCAUACAGAUAUUUGUUCCAGGAAAACUGCAAGCUAGACAGAAAGUAACUCGUUAAGAUUAGCUUUAAUAAAUGUCCUUAAUUUUUUUAUAGCAAGGUACCUGCAGUGUCUUAAGCAUAACGUUGAUGAAACUAUAUAGAUAAUUGUUAAUAGGAAGAGGGAAGAUGUGCCAUUUUAUUUUUUAUAAUGUCAUACACGGGUAGAUUCAAGAAACAUUAAUAGCAAGAUAGAUGGAACCAUCCGUCAUUGGGAUACAGAUUUUUAGCUGUUCUUUUUAUCUUCGACUUCGUCAGCUGUGGAUUAGCCAUAUUAUACGUUUGCUGUGUUUUUACAAGGUACGAUUCCAGAAUCGUUCUGAGCUGCCAGUAGCCAAUCGCAAUGCGAUGUGAAAUGACUAGAAUAAUUUGCGCGGAACAGUUCUAGGAUAGUUUCUUGUAAAACUUAUAUAUAGGCUAGUCCGAGAUGAAAUGGUAUGAGAAUUUGUUACAGCACUAAUUAGAAAUCUACGUUGAAAAGGUCAGUGCCUCAUAGCUGGCUAUGUCAGCACUAUAUUCUCAUAUAGCAUAUAUUUGGCUGCAGCGCCAUCUAUGAGACACUAAGCUUUUCAAAGUAGAUUUCUAAUUGAUGCGGAGAUGACUGUAGUUGCGACAAAUUUUCAUAGAUGACGCUACAAUAUCUCAUUUUAUCUCUGAUAAUUUAUUAGACGCGGAAAUAUACUAUUAGUUUGGCUAUAUUCUGGUAGGAAGUUGAAAAAAAUUCAUACAUAUAUAAAAUAUAAAAAGUAGUAAAAAAUGUGAAUAUAACCUUAGCUUUUAACACAUUAUUUUAAAUACUAUUCUGCACUACAUAUUAGCAGCAGGGAGAUUUAUAUUUUUUUUUGUAUUUAAUUUUCAAUAUUAAUACUGAUACUGAUAAUAAUUGUUGAUUAGAUUUGUGAUGUGGCUAUUGAACAUGACUAUCGUGGUAACGUAAAUAUUUAUAUUUUUGGUGCUAAUAAACAAAUAUAUUUUUAACUAAGCAGUCAUUUAAUGCUAAGGUAUUUGUCAACUGAAGUGUAAAGUGAAUGAUUUAAUACUGAGUCUGAUAUCUCAAUGAUGAAUGGAGAAAGGUUGUAGUGAAAGGUAAUCUUUGAUUAUUUUUUGGAAUGUAUUAAAAUUUUUCAAAAAGGAAAAAUAUGACUAUAUGAUCUUACACAUGAGUCAGUUGUGUUGUAUGGCUGAAGGUAUUUUUGGGUAUAUUCAUCUAAUUCGUUAUCAAGAGUGCAGUGUCAGGCUUAAAAUAAAGCAUUUAAAUAUUGCCUCCAGUGCCAUGUAUAUUUGUACAAUUUAUGUGGAUGAAAUUGUAUAUAUAAUUAAUUUUUAAUUACUUAAGCUGAAAUAAACAAUAAAUCCCUAUUUCAGUAAUAUUAUUACUAUUCUAUAUGUUAUUGGUUCAUACAUUCCUUUGCCCUGGAAAUAGAAGUGU